UUAUUCUUUCUCUUUUCCCUUUGUCUAAUAAAGUAUUUGCCUUUUUCUUUAUGUCUAUUAUAUACUGACCUUUCAUGUCAUUUAUUCAACUGGGUUGAAUUUUUUUUUGGCUUGUUUGGUUUCUGGGAAUUGAAAAGAAACAUCUAAGAUUGAAACUCACUAAAAAAGAUUGAAUCUUUUCAUUUCAACUGUUUUAUCAGCUGGUAAAGUUCAAGUUUUAUACUGGGUUUUCUUUGUUCUUUCCUCAAGUUUCGAGUUUCAGGUUUGUUCUUGGCUGGUUCGUGUGAGCUUUUGGAUUGCUCUUGCUGUUGAAUUGGUUGUCUAGAGUUUUUCUUGUUUGUUUUUUUGCUAUGUUUGGUUGCUGAGAAAAUUGGAACGGAAUGAUGAUUUGUUUGGUUUCUAUUUGGAGAUUGAUUCAGCUAAAGAAUGUAAUUUGAUCCGCGAUCCUUGAUUAAUUUAGAAGGCUAGGUGAAAGGCUUUGGGGGCACACUAGCCGGAAAAGUAGUCUGUGGCUAUUUUAGUAUUCAAUUUGUGAAAUUGAUGAAUGGUUUGGUUAAAAUCUUUAGAUUAAUGAAUGCUGUUUGCUCCGAGGAACAUAUAUUCUUAAUUUUGAAGUUUGUCAUCAUCUUGUAUAGAAAUUUGUGCAUCUAUAGAUUUCGAAUUUGCUAUUGAUAUUCAGAUUUGAUGCCUCGCCUUUGCUUGUUUUGUAGGUUAGAAUUAGCUGGAUUUGUUGAUGUUGGCAUAGUAUGACUGAAAGCAAUAGCAAUGCAAGUGUGAGCUCGAGUUCGAGUUUGAAUAGCAGCUUUCCGGACAUAGAGGAUGACCAAACCAUUGCAAGCAUCUUAGCAGAAGAUGAAAGUUCUCAAGUUGCUGGAACGCUUGGGAAGAGACUGUCGCAUUUGGACUCCAUACCACACACUCCACGGGUGAAUGGUGAGAUACCUGAUGUGAAUGAUGCAACCUUAGACCAUGAGCGACUGUCUGAAAGGUUGGCAACAUAUGGUUUAGAAGAACUGCAAAUCGAGGGCGAUGGGAAUUGUCAGUUUCGAGCAUUAGCAGACCAAUUGUUCCGCAGUCCAGAUUACCACAAACAUGUGAGGAAGAAAAUAGUCAAGCAGCUAAAGCAUUUCAGAAAAUCAUAUGAGGGAUAUGUCCCCAUGAAGUACAGAAGCUAUGUGAAGAAGAUGAAAAAGCCAGGGGAGUGGGGGGAUCAUCUAACUCUACAGGCAGCGGCAGAUCGAUUUGGUGCCAAAAUUUGUUUGGUAACAUCUUUCCGGGACACAUGCUAUAUCGAGAUCAUGCCCAAAGACAAAAGUCCCACCAGAGAACUUUGGCUGAGCUUUUGGAGCGAAGUUCAUUACAAUUCAUUGUAUGCAACUGGAGAUGUCCCGACCAGAGUAGCAAGAAAGAAGCAUUGGCUUUUUUAAAUGUUUGACAUGCCGGCAGGAGAUCAAGCAAUGUCAUAUCCACUCUUCGUUUGUUCUCUAUACAUGUACAUAAUUUCCAAAUAAGCAAGCAACUAUAGAGUAAUUUAACUAGCAAAUAUGUAACUUGAUAUUGAAUUCAACAUUAUAUAUUCAUUGUUUUUCUUUUUAA